CAUAUCGAACAAGAAGAGUAUAUAUCGCCACUGGGGAAGACUGCCCCGCGGCUCGCGUAUCUUGACCCUUUCUCAUGCCUUUAUUGUCGAUGCUGUCUCCUCAGAAUCGUAGUAUGCAGGACAGUUCUUCAAGCGACUCACCAACUCUGUCGGAUGGUCGAACCGAGAGCGCCCCAUCGCUACCUCGAAAGCCAAUACCCAGAAAAGGACAUACCAAAUCGCGUCGCGGCUGCUUUAAUUGCAAAAGGCGUAGAAUCAAGUGCAAUGAGAAGCAUCCAGAAUGCAACCACUGCAUCAAGGCAGGGCUGCAGUGCAAGUAUCCAGCCAACAUAAUACAAUCCAUGCAACGGUCGCCUACACCACCACAUCCACAAGAGGUAGCGAAUCUACGAUCCACGCCAGGCAUGUUUUCCAUGGCCGACAUGCGCUUAUUCCACCAUUUCCUCAUCACUGCGUAUCCGCAUCUACCAGUAGGUGCCGACAAGAUAUGGAUCACUGUGAUCCCAAGCUUUGCGCAUAACUACGAAUACCUAAUUCAUUCGAUCCUUGCACUAGCCGCAUCGCAUCUAGAUGCUGUAUCGAGCUCCAGUGUCGCUGAACAGGCACUACAACACCGUAUCCUAGCCGUCAAGUCGCUAAACGAUGCGCUCUCAGUACCACCAAAGACGAGAUGCGAGCGAGACGCCAGAAUGGCCGCGGCGCUGGCACUCGCCUUUCAGUCAAGUCAUCUGCAGGAUGGCAUGGCCGAAUUUCUGACAAUGGUCAGAGGCUGUAAUCUGAUUGCGGGCGACGAGGCGGUCAUGAAUGCCGAUUCAGCCUUCCAUGCAUUCCGAGAAGAUGGUCAUCUCCAAACGAUGCGAAAUCGGAUCGAUACAUCACAGUUGAACUACGUCAAUCAAGAGGAUCUCGACUUAGCUGCCAUGUCGCUUCGCGAAAUCGAAGUGCUCAACCUAUCUGACUGGGAGAGAACGUAUUGGAAUAUCUUAGUUCGCACGGUUGACAACGCCUAUGAGAGACCGGUGGAAGCGUACACUACUUUCGUCUUACUGUACAACACGCCAUCGAGAUGGACGCAUGACGAGUUCCAAGCAUUCAUUGACCCAAAUAACAGCGUGGCCCAGAUUCUAUUAGCGCACUUCAUUGCUAUCCAGGCGAUCCUCACACCCAUUCUCUACCUGGAGCGAGUGGGCUUCCAAGGUGUCGAUGCGCCAACGGCUGUUUUAAGUUGGAUUGAAGGCAUUUAUCGGAAUGUGCCGCGUCACUUGCGGCACCAUGCCGAGUGGCCGAGACAAGUGUCAAGGUAUCCAUUCAUGCGCUUCCUGGGACAGAAGCAGAUGGAUUUCUAUGAAGAGGAUCUUUUACUCAUAUAA